UUGGCCAGAGCAGGGAACCAGCCACUGGUAAAACAAAAGCCUUCGUACCUAACGCGUUUUCUCUUACGGGCAUUUCCCCCCCAGCUGAUUAUUUCGACAAAGAGAAGAGCAUUUCAUUGUUUCUUUUAUGAAUCUGGCAAAUUAUUCUUACUUCUCUGGCAUGUGCAACAUGACCGCAGAGACGCAGCACUCGCCCUCCGAGGCAAGUCCUGUUGUCCUGUCUCCAAAUGUGAGCUUGGACUCGCCGCUGCCUCCGCCGCCUCUGAUGCUGCAGGCCCGGUCAAAGGACAAUAUUUUGAUCAAGUCUGAGCCCAGAGGAAACAGCCCCAGCACGGAGGAUGGAGCCGCUCUGGGCCAGACUGAGGAGCACCUGCCCACCGGGAGCCGCCGGAGGAAGAGGCCCGUCCAGAGGGGGAAACCUCCCUACAGCUACAUCGCUCUCAUCGCCAUGGCCAUCGCCAACUCCCCCGAGAGGAAGCUCACCCUGGGGGGCAUUUAUAAGUUCAUCAUGGAACGUUUUCCUUUCUACAGGGAGAACUCGAAGAAGUGGCAAAACUCCAUCCGCCACAACCUCACCCUCAACGACUGUUUUGUGAAGAUCCCCCGGGAGCCCGGCAGACCAGGUAAAGGCAACUACUGGACUUUAGACCCCGCAGCUGAGGACAUGUUUGACAACGGGAGCUUUUUGAGGAGGAGGAAAAGGUUCAAGCGCACAGAUGUCAGCACUUACCCCGGGUACAUGCAGAGCUCCAGCGCCUUUACCCCAACUCCAAUGGGCAGGCCCUCGUACCCAAACACUCUGUACGCUGGAAUAGGGUCUGGUUAUGGCUCUCAGCUGACAGCCACAUCCCCACAUCCCGCCAUGCUGCAUCAUUACCAGACAUCCUCCGGGGUCGGCCAAGGACAGCCGCGCAUGUUCAGCAUCGAUAACAUCAUCAGUCAGCAGAGCGGCCCGGGGGGAGAGCUCAACACUCAAGCGCUGGGGCUGGGUGCGGGUGACCUGGGCACCAUGACCUCCAGCUGCUCGGUCACCGGCACCGACCCGUCAGCGUGCUUCCAGAACCAGACAGUCAACCCCUCGGCGAACAUGCUGAGCAGAAACAGCGGGAACAUCACCUCCAAUCUGGCCGCGGGGUACCCUUACUCCUCUUCGGCCUCUCCUCCUAACCUGCCAACCAUGACCCAGUCCGGGUUCUCCCCGGGGAGCUCUCAAGUUUAUUGCUCCAGCAACCGGCUCUCCCUGCCGGCCCUGCGCCCGAACUCCUGCGCCGACCACACGGAGCAGCUGCUGGGCCUCUCCAGCCCCAUGAACUCCUACAACAACACCUACAUGAGACAAGCCAACUUUGCAUCAGGAUUAGACCGGUAUAUGUGAAACUUUGUCAGCUAAAAAAAAAAAAUCCAAAUUAAUUACAGAAUAGACCGAUAGGCCACUAAAGUCCCACAUUAAAGAAACAUGGCCUCAAUGAGUUCAUAUGAAAGGAAACAAUUAAUUUCAUAACAUUAAAAGGUCCCUAUCUGAAAAUCAUUGGGAUAUUUUAGCCAAAUAAGGCCUAUGUUCCAAAAUAGCCCACUAUUAUGUUACCAAAUGUUCCUGUAAGAAUUUGAUUUACUUUUGCCAACAUUAGAAACGAAAUGACAGAAAAUGACCGAGCCUCAUGCAAAACAUUCCUAUUAAUAGGUGUAAAGCCAUUUAGAUCCGUUUGACACAUUCCAUGACUGUAUCUCAGAGUUUAAUGUAUUUUAUUGUGACACGUUUCUUUCAUAUUGCCUGUGUUUUAGAGUUUGUUUUUUAAGUUUACAUGCAUUUGUUAUAUCAUCCAAGUCUGCUGUUUGUCAUGUAAAUAGU